CCCCCAUUUUUUUAAAUCAAGUGGUCUCGUCUUUGUUCAACGCAACGGGAUGGGUUGAACCACGGCAGUCUUUACAGGGUUAUACCUACUCACCCCCUUCUUAGCGUUAUAGUCCAGGCCAGUUAGCAUUCGCCAAUAGCAGGACGAUACCAAUUGUCACUAAAGAUGGGGGGUGAUAGAAUCCGAUGGUGGCGUAUACCGGUUUAACCGGAGCAUCAUGGGAUAGAGUUGUCGGUGGUGCCGCCAUAUUGAAAUAGCUGAUCGUUACCGAGUGCCUAGGCAACGUGAAUGUGAUAUGUGCUGUCUGCCAGCUGGGCUCUUUCCAUUAAGGUGAUGCCCUUGGUCAGUCGUUGCCAUAAUGGAUCGUGAGAACAGAUGUCUCCCAUCACUGAAGGAUAAAGGACCAAUUCCCAGCUUGGCCAGUUUAGAGUCAAAGCUCAAUUCUAAAGAUCAGGGAAAGGUCAACAAAAGCGUCACCAACACAGCGAUCAAAGCCAAAAGGAGGAAGACCAAGAAAGAACGCAACAGUAUUAAAUUUAAGACGCACAAAGAGACGUUUCAGAAGAAGGGGCUUCAGGACUGCCCACCGAGACAUGACAGGUCUUCUACUUCACAUGGUCCAAAAACAGCAACUCUUUCUUCGGGGUUCAAGGCACUGAUGUCAAAGCAAGUCUUUAUCACUCAAGGUCGCCUGACCCAGCACCAGGGGAUAUUCGAUCACGAGGUGAAGUCUGUCAACAUCGAGAGGCUUGUAAGAGAGACACCAGAGGUAGAUCCAGCUAAGACCGACACCGGUACUGCCAGCAAUCAGUCAGAGAGGAGGACACCGAUGGGCAACGCGGAGCUUGGCGCCGGCCUUAUUCCAACACCGGAGGUGAAGGAUCUAGAGGAACUUCCUUUAAACCAGAAAAGCUCGGACAUGCUGGGCUCCAGAGCGGAAGAAACUGGAGAAGCGAAGACCCAGGUCUCCAAUUUACAGCAAGCCGUAGACAAGGAAAGCGUAACGCCGUGCAUCCAAGACAGCGGCGGCCAACUGCAGAGCGCAUUGUCCGAUAGUAGGAGUGGAGCUUUUCUUGAAGAAAUGCAGGAGGCGCCCGUCCAGGAGGUGGCGGAGAGCAUUAACAAUAUGCUGAGCCUACCUAAUCUAUUCCGAGGUCGCAACCUGGUGAGCGAGAUUCGCCAGUCUAUAAGGAAAAAGGUGAAGGAGAUGUCUGCCAAACUGUCAACCCUACCUGUGCAGAGAAAGCUGGACAACACCCGUGACGCUGAUACGUCUGUAUGGGGACAUGCCAGUGAAGGAGGGACGAGUGUCAGGAAAACGAACUGGAGGCCACAAGGUCACAUGCAGUCAACCCCAGUCAACUUUAUGCCUUUGCCCAGAGACAGCCCCAGCCACACGCUUACAAAGAUGGUCAGACCAGACAGAGGUCAGCAGAUACUCAGUCCAGAGCUCCAUCAGUCCGGAUAUGAACAUUCUCUACGACACCAUCCUAUAUUAGCUGAGAACUCUCCACAUCACGUUACUGUUCAGUUAACAAGUGAUGGUUUCAGACCAGGCAAGCAAGACAGAGAUACUUUAAGUUGCUGUAGAAAAAAUAUACAGAGAUCAAAACACGGUGUACCAGUAAACGUUGGUAGCCCUCAAGUAAGAUGGGCAUUGGCCCAUGAUGAUUUGAUGUGCACACAUAAUACUAACCAGAAAAACAUCAAGCGCCAUGCAAAUCAAAGACUGGUUAACCAAGGGUGGUUACCUAGACAGCCUCUACAAGAUGUCUUCUCAGAGCAACCUAAUACAUCAGAGCCAAGAUUCCGCCCCAGUCCUUCUAGAGAGAACCAUCCAUCAUUCGAUGUUCUACGCAAUUGCUUUAGCCAUACCGUACACAAUUCUCCAAGGGCGAAAAUCUUUGACGUGUCCCCACUUGAAUCCACGGCUUGCUAUGCAGGGAUCAGUUCCCACCAGUCGAAAUCUAAGAAUCGUUUUGAGAGCCACCGUAAUAUGUGGUAUGAGGACCAUGGAAGUGAAGCCAGUAGAUUCCAGAUGGAAGAUCCUUUGGAGUUGAGAACCUCACCUUUUGGAACAGACAGGGAUCCAUCUCAUGACAUUUUCUCCACCAGAUCUUCACAAAUACAGAGAAACAUCAAUGCAUCUGGUGACUAUAGCAUAUGGAGUUCACCGUUUUCACUGAGAGAAGCCACUAGUGUGGUGAGUAAUCAUGACACGGGAUGGCACGGUGGGGACAAUUGGUCACACAGAACAUCACAUCAGAACAGUCAAUGGAGAAAGAGGCCCAUAGCAAUGCCUCCAACAUCUGUAGAGCCAAAAGAUUCUUUUGUUGGUUUCCCCUAUGCAAGAUCAUUGCAAAGUGAGCUAACAGAUAAACUAAGCCCUGAGACCUGGGUCUACCCAAGAAUGAGACUCUACUAACUGCAAUUACGGAGUUUCCAAAGUCAAAAGCCUUUCUUUCCAUUCUUGGAUGGAGUGAGAACUUCUGUCGGGUUAUUUUCCUGUCUGCAUCCCCACUAAAAAGCUGCACCCUCAACCUCUGUCCUGGUGAUAGAAAGUGAAAGAGAGCCAAACAUUGACAAUUGCCAUCACCGCACUUUGCAAAUGAAGAGUAGAACUACCUGUUCCAAUUGAACCAGUGAGGCCCCGUACACACGACCGAAUUUCUCGGCAGAAUUCAGCCAGAAACUCGAUGGGAGCCGUAUUCU